GUGGGGGUGUUUUUAUCACUGCUCGGAGUCGGCACGUGGGAGCAUCACAGGCACUAACCAAUUCAAUGGCUCAGUUGUGAAUAUGCCCACACUUCCGUCUCAAACAACCAGAACUCUUUGAGAAAACAACACUGCCUCGUGUUUCACUCUUCCUCAUUCGGGGUACAAUGAGGCUGAAAGGCGGCGAUGAGUUCCUUCACGUCGAUGUCUUCAGCACGCCACCCCUUAGGAAGAAGCAAAAGCAAAAGGCAAAGGAGGAACCUGUGGUUAGAAAGCUUAAAAAAUACCGCAUCACGAAAAUGACCUGCACUAAACUCAUUCAAUGCUCUCAUCGAUGUUUCCUAACAAUGUGAGUUCGUGGAAAGACUUGUCAUGAAACACAAAAGAAUGUCAAGCUUCAAAGGAUCUACAUGAUUCUUCGGGUUUGAUGUAGUAUUUCGAGCUAGGGGAAAUCUCGCGGGAAAAGCAAAGUCACUGAUAUAAAUCUUCAUUCGCUUCACGGUCCAUUGGCUGCAUUAUCGGCAUGUACGGCUUCUUAGGACGGGGGAUCUGCCUCCAGAAAUGCCAAUGUUCCUAAAAAGCAAUACAUGUUCUUGGCUAUGUACACAGCACGAAGUACCCGAGAUCUUCUAGUGUCCGCCAUGUAACAACCACCGCCGCAUACACGGAAAUCAAACACCUUGAAAAAAAAAAGUCACAAGUUAUUCUAAGCUCAGAAAUUAUUGGAUAUCGAAAGAAGCGAUGAACGUUACCAUCAGAUUCGGCAGCAAGAAUCAAAUGAUAUAACCAGAAGUUUGGUCCUGGAAAGCCGGCCGGCAGGUUUCCUGUUUCAUAUAGUCGCCGCAGGACAGAAAUUUAUGGUACUGCCAACCACCACCGUGGAACUAUUCUUGAACUCUGGGCAAGGUCGAGCCCACCAGGAAGCUACGGUUUCUCCUGCUGCUUAUUCGAGCCAUUAUUGGAUUUUCUGCAUGAUUCUCAAAAUUUUGAAGAACAGAAAAGACACAAUGUACAAUGAAACGAUCUUGUGGCAUAUUAGCCACCAUCUUCGCACAAAGUUUCAUCCGAGUAUUUAUGGUAUAAAUGGUUUCUCCGCAGGAACAUGUGAUAGGAUAAUGAAUUGUUAUUAAUGCGCCAGUGUACCACAAAUUCCUGCAGCGGAAGUUGUCCUGGAUCUUUCAGGUGGAGGUACAAUAAAUCUGUUCCCUGUGUUUAGCUUGUGCUACUGGUAGUGUUGCAGAUAAUGCAUGCAUUUGUCAAAAAUGCAUGAAUAGGCGAAUUACAGCAGCCUUUGGGACAUUUUGACAUGUUGAGAUGUUAAUGGGCUCGGAAUCUUCCAAGAGAUGUCUCUCGAGAUAGCUCAGAGGUGUUGUGCUCAGCCAUUGUUACCCAAGGGUGGUAUUCUGCUGAUCGAAUUAACUACCCAAAAGAAUUCGUGGUGAGGAUACUCAAUCAUAGCAGAUGAGCCUUACUUGAAGCUUAGAGGGAUCAUACGGAUAGGCAAUGCCCCAUCUCGCCGCAAUCUUUUUUUUAGGUUUUACUUUCUCUUACUCUUCUCACAGGACUGGCAAUGACAAACACGACACAAUCAUUCUAUCUUUGACUGUUACUUCCCUCUAAUAGUUUUUAUACUAAGCUGUCCAAUUUGUCCUUUCUGAUUGCAAGCAAUAAUGCCGUCUUUCGCUGAUCAACCAGAGGAAGUCAAGACUCGAGAGAGGAAAAGAGUGAGAAAUCUUCUGAGGUAAGUAAUUCAAGAAUCCAUUGAUUGGGACGAAUUAACCGUUACUUCUGUAGAUAUUAUACACCAGAGAAAUGGAAACUUACACGAGAGAGUGAAGACGACGAUUUUGAAAGAAAUGGGCGCGGGCUGCCAGAAACAACAUGUGAAGCAGAAGAACAACCACAUAUAGAAGAGAAUCCCAAAAAAGCCGAGAAAGGGGGACCUGAUCCUUCGAAACGACUUCGUCAUGAUCCUACAUUGACAGCAUUUGCCCAGCUCGGCGCAUACCGCUUGAAUACUGAAAGGUCUUUCAUAUCUUUGAUGGAUUCCCACAACCAAUACAUCAUUGCAGAAGCAACAAGGAGCGUUUCACUACACACUAGAGACUUCACAAAGCCUGGGGACGAAAUAUUUCUCGGGGCUCGCAUCCUGGAUAUGCACUGGGGGAUAUGCCCAAAUACUAUUCAAAUUUUCACAGCGAAAGACGACACAGGAAAUUUGAAAACUAACCUUGUUACCGCAAAUCAGACUCGUUAUGUAAUGAACGAUCUUGCAGCCAUCGAAAAGUACAAAACGCGCCCCUAUAUCGCGGAAUGGCCAUAUAUGAGAUAUUAUGCCGAGGUUCCUAUCUACAGUGAGUUUCCUACUUUUCAUUGAUUGAACACAAUUAUUUUCCUCCAUUGUAUUGGGGAUUUUAAAAUGAGCUUCUGUAAUCCCACUUUCAAUGUCAGUUUCUGAACAUUCCAAGAUCAAUUUCUCGUGCCAUACUUCUUAAUUUAAGGCACAAAUUGUAUUUUGUUCUCUAGACACUUUAUCAGGUCAACAUCUUUUAUAUGUUUGGAAUUGGAGGAUGUCCCUUUAUCUUAAAAUUCAUUCUGAAUUUAUCACUAUUAGGUCCGGAAAACAUCGUGAUUGGAACGUAUUGCGUGGUCGACAAUAAACCACGAUAUGAAGGGUUGGAUGAUGAUGGACUUGAGAUACUAAAUGAAAUCGCUAGAGCAAUUAUGAGACAUCUUGUACUUAUCGAGAAACAAGACCAUUUAGAACGGGGCGAGAAGAUGGUAAAAGGCUUGGGACUUUUUGUGGCCGGCAAGUCUAACCUGGGCGAAGGAUUGGAAAAUUAUUCUCCGGACGAAAGGAAUCCUCAAAAUGAGUCCAAUUCUCGCGCAGUAGAUACGACCGGAGCAGCCUCCAUCUCCCGGAAACAAACGGAUAUAUGCCAAACAGAGAUAAAUUCUGUUAGCACACCAAAUCAAAGCAAAGGAUCAUCUUGUCUUUCCGGGUUCGAAAAACCUAUAAUUAUGGAGAAAAAUAGGCCGAGCAUAAGUAGAAGUUCUUCAGCAGAAUCUGCUCGACAAGCAUCUUUCGCUAGCACAAGGCUCAAACAGUUGUUCUCCCGGGCAAGUCAACUCAUACUUGAGGCAAUGAAUCUUGAUGGAGUUGUCUUUGUUGAUGCAUGUUUCAGGGAUUCGGCAAGUAAAAUUGCAUCCAAAAAUAGGUUUCUUCCUGGUGUUGGUCUCAACGGUCCUCAAGACUGGGCUCAGAAUGGAAAUGGAAUCAAAGCACCACUUCUCCCUAUCGAUAUGAAAUUUGAAGGAAAACGAACCGUCAAGCCUCUAACAAGUGAUUUGCUAGGAUGCAAAGUUAGACGCCAUCAGAAUUCCUCUCAACUAGAUGACCUUACAGACAUUACACUCUUACAGGCGACUGUGAAAGGGCUGAUGACAUGCUAUACUCAGGGUCGGAUGUUCGUUUGCCAUGAAGACGGUUCUUUGGAUCUUGAUUUGGAACCUGAGCCACUCGAAGUUUGCGAAAAUGGAAAUAUGGAGCCCGAUAGAACAGUUGUCGUAGCGUGGGUUGCUGAGCUGAUGAAAAUAUGUCCGGGAGCACGGACUAUCGUUUUCUUCCCUCUGAGAGAUCCACAACGAGAGUAAGUAUUCGGAAUAUGCCACCAAAUCUUGGUGGUGCUCAUAUUGUCAUGAUGUUGAGAGGCAUGAAGUUCUGCAUAUGAGUCUCAUCAAAAUCUAAGCAGGCCCCCUCCAUCUUUCUCAGUAAUUAUCCUCAACUACAAAAUCCGUGGCUAAUCAUACAAAUAGUCAAUGGUUUGCUGGAAGCCUUGCUUGGACAACGAAAAAGCUUAGAAUCGUGACACCAGAAGAUCUCACGUAUCUUACAGCUUUCGGGAACUGUAUCAUGGCUGAAAAGUCUCGUCUGGAUUCCGAGCUAGCAGAUCGUGCCAAAUCUGAUUUUAUCUCUGUAGUAUCUCACGAAUUGCGCUCUCCACUCCACGGGGUCUUGGCCAGUGCAGAAGCCCUUCGGGAUACAUCGACUGGAGAUGAGCAGGAUGACAUGAUUCGUUCUAUAACGAUAUGUGGCGAGGUUUUGCUAGAUACUAUGGAUCACAUGUAAGAAGAUGUUCAAUACAUGAAGUAAAAUAUUUCUGACUCAAAUAUAGCCUGGAUUAUGCGAAAAUUGCAAACAAAGGGGAGACCAAGGACAUGAAAGAUCUUCCUGUGCAAUCCAGCGGCCCAAAUACGAAUUUUGACCUUAGCAACCUCAUUGAGACUGUCGUUGAGGGGGUUUCCGCGGCACAAAGCUUUCGACAAUUAACCUUCGAGGCUCCGCUAUGUAUCGAUACCGAUGGCCUAGAUAUGAAUGUCGAUGAGAAUGGUCUGUCAGAUAGUGUUGUGAUCGUUUUGGAAAUCGAUUGGCAAGCCUCAUGGGCAUUCAAUUCUCAAAUAAGUAGUUGGAGAAGAAUCUUCAUUAACCUUUUCCAGAAUGCAUUAAAAUACACUGAAUUUGGGUACGUUCAUGUUCGUUUGACAGCACACCAAUCUAUUGAUGGCCCAGUGGCAAAGCUAUCUAUCAUAGAUUCCGGGAAAGGAAUAUCAAAUGAUUAUUUGAAAUACGAACUGUGGACCCCUUUUGUACAAGAAGAUCCUAUGAGUAUUGGUACAGGACUAGGUCUCAGCAUUGUUGGUAAAUUAGUCCAGGAACUCGACGGGACAAUUGAUAUAUUAAGCACGGUUGGUACGGGUACAGCCGUUCAAGUGGAAAUUCCUGUUAAGCAUUCAAUACCAUCUGAUGAAGAGGAAGAGACAGAAAGUAAAAAAUUGAUCUUUGAGACAAAAGAACGCUGUCGCGGCCUUUCGAUGUGUCUUCUGGGGCUUGAUAACUAUCCCGACCCUUGCGAGAUUCCCACGGAUGCUCCAUCUGCAAAGGAAAGGAGGAUGACUGCGAUCAAAUCUGCAUUGAUAAACUAUGCUGGGAAUUGGUUUGGAAUGGUUAUACGGAAAGCUUGCUCUGGCUUUUGUACUGAUGGUGUCAUUUUUGUUUGCUUGAAAUCACAACUUCAAUUCGCGGACCGCACCAGACACAAGCCUUUGAUUGUGUUCGAAGAUAAUAUGGGAGCAUCAAAUAAAGAAGACGGCGUUUUCUAUUUGACACAACCGUAAGUGGAAUAGCAGCCCUGGCAAGAUGAUUUCCAUUUAGAAGUCUAGUAAACAGACAUGGAUCACCUCUACCAUGCCAUGAAUUUUACUUGAAGAAUAAUAGUUCUAAUACCUUCAUAGUGCCGGCCCUUUCAAACUAGCAAGAAUAUUAGGGCAAUGCAUCGACUAUCUGCACUCUGCAGGCUUCAUACCAAACAUCAUUGAGCGAUCUAGCAUGUCCUCCAGAGUACCAUCCAGCAUAGGCUCACCUCCCAUGCUCACGCCACCUGCCAAUGGGUAUCCGGAUUCUAAGAAUGUUGAAGCCUGCAGGAAUAAUGUUGAUGAGGGAAGGCCGAGCUUAGAUUCACGUCAGAACUCAAGCGAAUCUACCGAGUCGGUGAGGCCCAAAUUCGAUGCACGUAAACAUUCAAGUGAAUCUACCGACUCGGCGGUGGACAUGAGAACAAGUGAGGAGCCUAUCGUAGCUUAUCAUACGUUUCCUUUUUCUGCGACAUCGCCACUACGAUCGAGGAAUGAAAGAGAGAUGCAUAUGCUGAAUAAUCCAGAAGUUAAAUCGAAUGAGGAGCCCAUGGUACUCGACAAGACUGUUUCUUCUAAAGGAGUUGCGGUUUCAAAUAGGGUUAGGGAUUUAGAGAAGUCAUUUUCUGUUCUUCAGGUGCCCGUAGGAUCUGACGAGAGUGUUCUACUCAAAGCCUCCCCAGUUUUACAGAAGCUCGCCCUGGUUGAGAAGACCACUGUUCUUGAAACAUCUUCGAUUGUUGAGAAGCCUACAGUCAUUGAGAAAGCUCCAAUCACCCAAAAUGCUACAAUCUGCGAAAAGCCUAUCGUGCCCGAGAAACCUGCAGUCCUGCAAAUCGUUAAAUCAGAACCUUCAAUCACACCCACUAUAGAGAAGUCUGCACGCACAGUUGUUCUUCUUGUCGAGGACAACGCGAUCAAUUUGAAAGUAAGUCUGAUCCUACUGGGUAUGCGGAAACAUUCUAAUGCUCUACCAGGUGCUUGUCCAUAGCAUGAAGAAAUUGAAGGAGGAAUAUGAUACCGCAUCAAACGGUCUACAAGCAUUUGAGAAAUAUAAAAAAGCACCAGGGACUUUUAAAAUCAUAUUCAUGGGUGAGUCUUUCCCCCAUCCCCCCAUUUCUCUCCUCUGAUAAUAUACUUCAUCCACCACAGACUCUACUCCCUCAUAACACACAUGACUAACUCCGAAUCCUAACAUAUAGACAUAUCUAUGCCAAUAAUGGAUGGCCUAACCUCCACACGCCACAUCCGUGAAUACGAAAGCACACAUGGAUUAAGUAGAGUGAGAAUCGUAGCAUUAACAUGUUUUGGAACGGAAGAACAUCGGAGGGAUGCGGCGAUGAGUGGAGUGGAUUUAUUCUUGACCAAACCGAUUCAUUUGAAAUCUUUGAAGCCGGUUGUGGAUUUGGAUCCGGAGGGUGUGAGGGGUGGGGUGAUGGAGGAGAGUAUUUAAAAUGGGGAGCGGCUGUGGGACAGGGGUAAUGAUUAGCGAUUGAAUAGGAAAGGUAGGGGGAUGUGGAAUGAGGGGCUGAGGAGGAAUGGGAUGAAUAUGGUUCUAUAGAAGAUGUGCGGGAUUUUUAUAAUUUUUGUUUUUAAUCUUACUCAGGUAAUAACUAGGUCCAAUUGAUUCUUUGCCUCCAAAUGUAUGCUAUACGAAAGGUUGAUUCAACGUUCUAACUUUGUAUUGAAAUCUUGAUGUGACGAGACAUGGCGAGCAUAGGGUAAUAGUUUUAAAAGGUGUACCUGAAUAUACAAGUUCCUGUCGACCAUUCCCGGAUGUCAUUGCUGGCUGGUUUUAUUGGUACACCUAGGGUAAUUAGCAGCAAGAAUUUAAUACCUACUAGAUAGUUUUA